GGUUCUGCCAGCAGCAGCAGCAGCAGCAGCGAAGAUCGCUGCCUGUAGCUAGCGGUUUCAACUCUAGAGCUAAUACAGUGAUGGUUCAUGACAGUGUAGCCAGAUAAGCUACACCAGCGGCAGCCGAAGACUAUUUUCAUUAUAUCCUGCAGUCAGUGAAGGACAUUAGGCGCGACAGCGGACGGCGACGUAAAGUGAAGCUACGGGAUACUCGCCGACCGGAAAGUGGAGCGAGACCCGCAGCCUGUCUCCUCCACUCGUCGUCUCGAGCUCAAAGUCACUCAAUGCUGCGCUCAUCUUGCCUCGCCCCCGGCGCAGCACCCACUGUUCUUACUAGCUAGCCAGCUGUUCUGUUUAUUGUAAAAUAAAAAGAACCACCACCACCAGGGAUAGGUUUUUUGAUUUUUUUACGACCAUCUGUACAAAGACACACCGACGAUACACAGACAGUGACACCAAUUCAACAAGAAGAGAGACAGGAGUCGGGGCCAGGCGGAGAAGCGAGGUUGGCCGGGUGAAAGUUAUGCGGGGUCGCCUCCAGCAGCCCUUGGUGGAUUUACUUCUUAGCUCGAUACAAAUCAUGGAUUGGUUAAUGGGGAAGUCUAAGACGAAGCCUAAUGGCAAGAAGCCGCCAGCGGAAGAGAAGAAGCAGUAUCUGGAGGCGGAGUUUACGAAAGUACGCGUGGUCGACUUCGACCUCAAAGAGCUGGUGGUGCUGCCCAGAGAGAUUGACCUCAACGAAUGGCUCGCCAGCAACACGACAACCUUCUUCAAUCUCAUAAACCUGCAGUACAGCACCAUCUCAGAGUUCUGCACCGGGGACACCUGUCAAGCCAUGACGGCCUGCAACACGAUAUACUACUGGUAUGAUGAGAGGGGGAAGAAGACAAAGUGCACGGCCCCGCAGUACGUCGACUUCGUCAUGAGCCUGGUGCAGAAGCUGGUCACAGACGAGGACAUAUUCCCUACAAAAUAUGGUAAAGAGUUCCCCAACUCGUUUGAGUCGUUGGUGAAGAAGAUCUGUCGGUACCUGUUCCACGUGCUGGCUCACCUGUACUGGGCCCACUUUAAGGAGACGGUGGCACUGGACCUGCAGGGACACCUGAACACUCUGUACGCACAUUUCAUUGUCUUCGUGAGGGAAUUCAACCUGGUCGACCCCAAGGAGACCUGUAUCAUGGACGAUCUGUCCGAAAUCCUCUGUGCCCCGGCGCCCCCCGCCCCCGCCGCCCCCUCCUCCCCCGCCCCCUCCCCCUCCUCACACAACCACGUGACGGAGAGAUGAGCGGAAAGGGGUCGUCGCGUCGAGCCGCCCCGGGACGAAGGAUAAGGACGGAGGAGGGAUGGAGACAGAAAUGCCCCGGCCCCCUUCUUGGGCCCCCAGCCCCGGCAGCAGGACUUAGAGACCUUCCAUCACCUUUAUAUUUCACUCCGACACCAACCACCCAGAAGGAAGGAAGGGGGGGAGGUUUUUAUGGGGGGGGUUGGGGGUGGGUGGGGGGUCGGGGGGGGUGUUGUCACGCCAACAGGAAUUGGCGUCAUCAUGUUCCUCCCUAGGGGCUAAUCCCUCCCAUCUGCUCUGCAAUUUAAACUAGGAACAAACAAUGUGUUUAUUUUCCUAUUCCUUUUUAUUUUUAUUUUUUUAUUUUCUUUUUGUGGAACAGUUUUAUUCGGGUUUUAUUUAGUUUUUAUGUUUCCUCAUUGGCGACAGUGUCUGUUAAUCCUUCCCUCUGUCUGUGCCCCCUACCUACAGUACAGUUCAGGACGGCGGCUCUGCUUUGCUUCAACAUACUAAUUGUACAGUGUUGUUAUCAAGGUGACUCUUUAUUGUAUCGGCUCAGCGCACCCCCCUAGUGGUGGGAGGAUUGGCGGGGGGCACGGAAGGGGGGAGGUCACUGCGCUGCCCUUUUGUUUAGCCACGUUACUGCCUGGUAGGGCGAUUCUAGCCAGUCACUGUUUGGGGUUGUUACUCCGGGGAUGAUUCAAGCUCCUCCUACUCAGGACCAGAGAACACAAGUCACUGGUGCGGAGAGAAGUACUUCUCCUAGUUCUCCCUUCCUUCCUCUCUCAUUCUCUCAGUCAGCGAUAUGUCUCAUAGUCCCCUUAAAUAUUCCAGUUGUCAUUCUCGUGUUACUCUAGUCUAAAUAAUCCCUCUGUGUACCCCUCUAACAGCGCCAUCCCGGAGGCCACCAAUAGGGGGCAGUAUAUGCACAGGGUGGCACUGCCAGGCAAGCAGGUAGAUAGAGAAGAUAUAAAGAUUGUAUAUUAGAUAUUUAAUCUGACCAGACAUGCAACUACCAAGUCAGACCAGAGACCAUAUCUGGUUACGGGGAGGGUGGUUCUGACCUCUUUCCCAGGGAACAGAGCUGUUUGCUGGGGUGCGAUACAGCGUCAGCCUGCCCCACCCUCUCCAACAGCACAGGAGAAGGACAAAGACAUUGGCACAUGUCUGCAGGCCCAGAAAUGGGGAGCGGUGGGGUGUGGUCUGCGUUGCUGUUCUGUAUUGCUGAAGAAACCCGUCUCUUGACUAUACCCGCCCCAAGCCCAAACCCCCUGACCUUUUAUUUUUAUUUUCCCUUUAAAAUUUGCUUUUUUUAAAUUAUAAGAGGAAACUAGUUCAUGGAAAAGAAUAAUGGCACCCUUACACAUGUAUAGAAAAAAAAAAAUGCACAUUCUGUGUCAAUUUCACUGUACUGAGAGUGGCAAGUGAAAAUCCGUCAAACAGGCCUCUGUAUCAAGGAGGAUGUGGGUUUAAAAUUAUUUUACUUUUUUUUUUGUUUGCAGGGUUCUUCAGUUCUGGCUUUCAUUUUUAUGUAUUUUAAUUAUUAACUAAGUUAAAAGCGAUGUAAUAUUUUAAGCUCUGCGGAUUAUAAUCGAAUAAAAGACAGAAAUGCCA